AUGUCUCUCGGCAGGAAGGUCACUCUCAACACUGGCGCCACCAUCCCUCAAUUGGGUUUUGGUACAUGGCAAGCUGAGCCUGGUCAGGUCGGCGCUGCCGUCCUCGAGGCACUCAAGGCAGGUUACCGCCACCUUGAUCUCGCCAAGGUCUACGGCAACCAGAAGGAGAUUGCGCAAGCACUCAAGAAGGCGUUUGGCGGCGAAGUGCCCGGCCUCAAGCGCGAGGACGUCUUCAUCACAUCCAAGUUGUGGAACUCGCAGCACCGCCCCAAGGACGUGCCAGCCGCGCUUGACGACUGCCUGGCUGAGCUUGGUCUCGACUACCUAGACCUUUACCUUGUUCACUUCCCCGUCGCUUUCGAUGAGACCAGUGAUGUACACAACAACCUUUUCCCUAUGCAGGGCGAGGACGUCAAGAUGCUCGACGACGUCUCCAUUGUCGACACAUGGAGAGCCAUGACACAACUGCCCAAGGAGAAGGCGCGCGCUGUCGGUGUCUCGAACCACACCAAGGAGCACCUUCAGGCCAUCAUUGACGGCACUGGCGUCACCCCCGCUGCCAACCAGAUCGAGCGCCACCCACGCCUGCUCCAGCCAGAGCUGAUCCAGUACUGCAAAGAGAAGAACAUCCACGUCACUGAAUACUCCGCCUUCGGCAACAACAUGGUCGGCGAACCCCUCCUCGUCCAACACGAUACCAUCAAGGAAAUCGCCAGCCGCAUCGGCGCCACACCCGCACAAGUCAUCCUCGCCUGGGCCCAAGUCGGUGGCCACUCCGUCAUCCCCAAGUCCGUGACUGCAUCGCGCAUCCAGGAGAACUUCAAGGAGGUCGAGCUGUCCAAGGAGGACUUUGAAAAGGUCGAGGAGAUUGGCAAGAAGGAGCCCAGACGCUUUAACAUCCCAUAUGUUGCGAACAAGCCCAGGUGGCCCGUCAACAUCUUCAACGAGCCUGAGGAGAAGGACGCGCCGCACAAGGUCAUUGUUUAGAUGGCUGGUGGCUUUUGUAGAUACGUAAAAUAUAGAUAGACAGAUAGAUAUGGUAAUGAGAGCUGUGUUCGAU